AGGCCGUGUUGCAGGGCGCCCCACACGUUCCGCUCCAGGGAGGCCCGCCAGCCCGGCAGCGCCUCAGCGGCCGGUGCCACCUGCACGCGGUGCCCGGUGGAGCGCGGCCAGGGCGCGUGUCUCCUCAGCCUGCUGAGCUGCGCGUGAGCUGCUGCUGUAACGCUCUAACGUUAGAGCAGCUAACGGCUCUGCUCAGAAUUUCUCCCGACAGAGGCCGGAGUGUUCAAGAGCUUGGCGAUACAGAAAUUUCUGCUGGUGUUGGGGCGGGUGCGGGAACUGAAGACGGGCGAGUGCGAGCCGGGGGCGGGUGCUGGGGAAGGGUAAGCGGGAAGCGAGGGCGAGGGGUAGGGGCUGGGGAAGGGCGAGCGGGAGGCGCGGGCUCUCUCUAGCAGGGGGCUGCAGCCAUGAAGAGGCUCUUAGCUGCCGCUGGCAAGGGCGUGCGGGGCCCGGAGCCCCCGAACCCCUUCAGCGAACGGGUCUACACUGAGAAGGACUAUGGGACCAUCUACUUCGGGGAUCUAGGGAAGAUCCAUACAGCUGCCUCCCGGGGCCAAGUCCGGAAGCUGGAGAAGAUGACAGUAGGGAAGAAGCCCGUCAACCUGAACAAAAGAGAUAUGAAGAAGAGGACUGCUCUACACUGGGCCUGUGUCAAUGGCCAUGCAGAAGUAGUAACAUUUCUGGUAGACAGAAAGUGCCAGCUUAAUGUCCUUGAUGGCGAAGGGAGGACACCUCUGAUGAAGGCUCUACAAUGCCAGAGGGAGGCUUGUGCAAAUAUUCUCAUAGAUGCUGGUGCUGAUCUAAAUUAUGUAGAUGUGUAUGGCAACACGGCUCUCCAUUAUGCCGUUUAUAGUGAGAAUUUGUUAAUGGUGGCAACACUGCUGUCCUAUGGUGCAGUCAUCGAGGUGCAAAACAAGGCUAGCCUCACACCCCUUUUACUGGCCAUACAGAAAAGAAGCAAGCAAACUGUGGAAUUUUUACUAACAAAAAAUGCAAAUGCAAACGCAUUUAAUGAGUCUAAAUGCACAGCCCUCAUGCUUGCCAUAUGUGAAGGCUCAUCAGAGAUAGUCGGCAUGCUUCUUCAGCAAAAUGUUGACGUCUUUGCUGAAGAUUUACAUGGAAUAACUGCAGAACGUUAUGCUGCUGCUUGUGGAGUUAAUUACAUUCAUCAACAACUUUUGGAACAUAUACGAAAAUUACCUAAAAAUCCUCAAAACACCAAUCCAGAAGGAACAUCUACAGGAACACCUGAUGAGGCUGCACCCUUGGCGGGAAGAACACCUGACACGGCUGAAAGCUUGGUGGUGAAAACACCUGAUGAGGCUGCACCCUUGGUGGAAAGAACAUCUGACACGGCUGAAAGCUUGGUGGAAAAAACACCUGACGAGGCUGCACCCUUGGCGGAAAGAACACCCGACACGCCUGAAAGCUUGGUGGAAAAAACACCUGACGAGGCUGCACGCUUGGCAGAAAGAACACCUGACACGGAUGAAAGCUUGGUGGAAAAAACACCUGACGAGGCUGCACCCUUGGCGGAAAGAACACCUGACACGGCUGAAAGCUUGGUGGAAAAAACACCUGACGAGGCUGCACCCUUGGUGGAAAGAACACCUGACACGGCUGAAAGCUUGGUGGAAAAAACACCUGACGAGGCUGCACCCUUGGUGGAAAGAACACCUGACAUGGCUGAAAGCUUGGUGGAAAAAACACCUGAUGAGGCUGCACACUUGGUGGAGGGAACAUCUGCCAAAAUUCAAUGUCUGGGGAAAGCAACAUCUGGAAAGUUUGAACAGUCAACAGAAGAAACACCUAAGAAAAUUUUGAGGCCUACAAAAGAAACAUCUGAGAAAUUUUCAUGGCCAGCAAAAGAAAGACCUAGGAAGAUCACAUGGGAGGAAAAAGAAACAUCUGUAAAGACUGAAUGCGUGGCAGGAGUAAUACCUAAUAAAACUGAAGUUUUGGAAAAAGGAACAUCUAAUAUGAUUGCAUGUCCUACAAAAGAAACAUCUACAAAAGCAAGUACAAAUGUGGAUGUGAGUUCUGUAGAGCCUAUAUUCAGUCUUUUUGGCACACGGACUAUUGAAAAUUCACAGUGUACAAAAGUUGAGGAAGACUUUAAUCUUGCUACCAAGAUUAUCUCUAAGAGUGCUGCACAGAAUUAUAUGUGUUUACCUGAUGCUGCAUAUCAAAAAGAUAUCAAAACAAUAAAUCACAAAAUAGAAGAUCAGAUGUUCCCAUCAGAAUCCAAACGAGAGGAAGAUGAAGAAUAUUCUUGGGAUUCUGGGAGUCUCUUUGAGAGUUCUGCAAAGACUCAAGUGUGUAUACCUGAGUCUAUAUAUCAGAAAGUAAUGGAGAUAAAUAGAGAAGUAGAAGAGCUUCCUGAGAAGCCAUCUGCCUUCAAGCCUGCCAUUGAAAUGCAAAAGACUGUUCCAAAUAAAGCCUUUGAAUUGAAGAAUGAACAAACAUUGAGAGCAGCUCAGAUGUUCCCAUCAGAAUCCAAACAAAAGGACGAUGAAGAAAAUUCUUGGGAUUCUGAGAGUCUCACUCUGUCGCCCAGGCUGGAGUGCAAAGGCGUGAUCUUGGCUUACUGCAACCUCCAACUCCCGGGUUCAAGCGAUUCUCGUGCCUCAGCCUCCUGAGUGUCUGGGAUUACAGGCACCUGCCAACAUGCCCAGCUAAUUUUUGUAUUUUUAUUAGAGUUGGGGUUUCAGCAUGUUGGCUAGGCUGGUUUCAAACUCCCGACGUGAGGUGAUCUGUCCACCUCAGCCUUCCAAAGUGCUGGGAUUACAGGCUUGAGCCACCACGCCAGGCCUAUCCAAAUGUAUUUUAAUCAAUAAAUUUAUGCUAUUGUAUAUUUAUCUAAAACUUGGGAUCAUUUAUGAUUUGCAUCAUAGUUGUGGAGAAAUUGCAGAUCGAUACAUUUGUCCAGGAUAUAAAAUAAUUUUUGUUAUUUUAUUUUAUUGUAGAUUCAGUGGGGACAUGAGCAGGUAGAUUGCAUGAAUAUAAUGUGUAAUAAUGAGGUUGGGUUUCUAGUGAACCCAUCACUCAAGUAGUGAACAUUGUACCCAAUAGGUAAUUUUCAGCCCUCACCCACCUGUCAUCUUCUCCCAUUGUAAAAUCCCUGGUAUCUAUUAUUUCUAUCUUCAUCUUCAUGUAUACCCAUUGUUUUGCUCCCACUUAUAAGUGAGAUUAUAUAGUAUUUGAUUUUCUGUUUCUAAAUUAUUUCACUUAGGAUAAUGACCUCUAGCUCCAUCCACAUUGCUGCAAAGGACAUGAUUUUUUUCAUGACUGCAUAGUAUUUCAUGACAUAUAUAUACCACAUUUUCCUUAUCCAGCCAACCAUUGAUGAACACAAAGAUUGAUUCCAUAACUUUGCUGUUGUGAAUACUGCUGCAAUAAACAUGUGAAUGCAGAUGUCUCUUUAUGAAAUGAUUUAUUUACUUUUGGGUAGAUACUCAGUAAUGAGAUUACUGGGUGGAAGUGUAAUUUUAUUUUUAGUUCAUUGAGAAAUCGCCACACUGUUUUCCAUAGGGGUCGAACUAAUUUACAUUCUUACCAACAGUGUAUAAGUGUACUCUUUUCUCUGCAUCCUUGUCAAUAUCUGUUGUAUUUUUACUUUUAAGAACAGCCACCCUGACUGGUGUGAGAUGGCAUGUCAUUGCAGCUUUAAUUUGCAUUUCUCUUCUGAUUAGUGAUACUGAGCAU